UUUGAGGGAUAGGACGCGAUAAAAGGAACGAGGAAAUUAAUUUUGCGGAAGCGGCUUAAGGUACCAUGUUGAGCUGCUGUGUCUUGGCUUUUAUUAGGUGAUUGAUUGACUGUAAAUAAUGGUGGAACAUACUGGAACGAGUGCUUCCUCCGGUUUUUUACGGACAAAAAUUUCAUUGAAAGGUAAUCAAUCACAACUCUCACUUGUUUCACCAUUUUAUGGAAUGAAACCAGAACUUCCCCCUCCUAGUCAGCUUCUUGGAAGUGAAGAUUUAAUUUCACUUCUUGACUUAAAUGGUUCUUAUAAUCGUUAUUGUGGACCUAAAAAACCUAAAGAAGAUCUCGCUUCUUUUUUGCCUCAUGUUUGUGGUGCAACUCAGAUUAAUAAAAAAGCUGAUGCAUCGUGUUCUCUUCGGCAAUUAAUCGAGAAGCCUCCUGUUAUGGGUAAAGAAAUAAAUAAUCUUACUGCUGGUCAAAUGAAUGGAUUCAAACUUGCUCCAGGUCCAGUGCCAGAUGGAUAUCGAUACUUUGACCUAACAAAUAUUCCCAUUGAAUUGGCUACUACUAGCGUCAUUCAACAGCAGCAACAAUCCGUUAUCGACCCUAAUUUGCAAAAAGAUAAUGGAACUGAUAUUCGGUAUGGAACUCGUGUAAAGCGCUCACUUGAUGAAUUGGAUGUUUUAGACGGUGAAAGAAAAUUCAAAAAGCAUAAAGGAGAUGAUAAAGAAAAAAGUGAAAAGAAAAAGCGCAAGAAGGACAAAAAGAAGAAGAAAGAGAAGGAACGUGAAAAGAAGAAUGAUGAAACAAGGUUGCACGUAAAGAAAGAACCAACAACUUUAGCCUCCUCAGCAGUUACUCCAUUCUUUUGACUUAUUUUUUUAAAUUUAUUUUUGUAUACAUUUUUUAAAAA